UACCCACCCCCCACCCCUAUUCAAUUAUUUUUUUUUCAAUUAAUUAAUUAAACCAACCGAGCUCAGCUAACCAGGCCAGCCAUGGCGGUUGGUGUCGCCGUACAGGCCGACGGCCGCCACUACAACGGUCGAGUGACCGCCUACGUGCUCCUCUCUUGCAUGAUCGCCGCCUCCGGCGGAAUAAUUUUCGGCUACGAUGUCGGCGUCUCCGGUGGGGUUAGUUCGAUGGACCCGUUUCUCAAGAAAUUCUUCUCAGGAGUUUACAGGAAGAUGAAAGAAGACACUAAGAUUAGCAAUUAUUGCAAAUUCGACAGUCAGCUUCUGACAACCUUUACAUCGUCGUUAUACCUCGCCGGCCUAAUCUCCUCCUUCCUCGCCGCCGUCGUCACGCGGGACUACGGCCGCCGGCCGUCGAUCAUCAUCGGUGGCGUUGCCUACAUGACCGGCGCCGCCGUCGGCGGCGCCUCCGUCAACAUCUACAUGCUCAUCCUCGGCCGAAUCUUGCUCGGCAUCGGCCUUGGCUUCACGAACCAGUCCGUGCCGUUGUACUUGUCGGAAAUGGCGCCGUCGAAGUACCGGGGAGCGUUCAACAUCGCGUUCCAAAUGUGCGUCGGCAUUGGCAACAACAUGGCGAAUUUCAUUAAUUACGGCACCGUGAGGAUCGCCGGCGGGUGGGGGUGGCGAAUCUCGAUCGCGAUGGCGGGGGCCCCGGCGGCGUUGCUCGCAUUCGGGGCGAUUUUCUUACCCGAGACGCCGAGUAGCCUUGUCCAAAACUGCGACGAUUCGGACAAGGCGGAGAAGGUGUUGAGGAAGAUCCGAGGGACGGACGAUGUCCGGGAGGAGCUCGAGGAUCUCGUCGCGGCGAGCUACGCGUCGAAGGCGAUAAAACAUCCCUUCAAGAAUUUAUUACAAGCGAAGUACCGGCCGCAGUUGGUGAUGUCUGUGGCGAUGCCGUUUUUUCAGCAGAUCACUGGGAUUAAUGUGGUCUCAUUUUACGCGCCGUUACUUUUUCUAACAAUAGGUUCCGGCGAGAAUGCCUCUCUUUUAUCGACGCUGGUGAUUGGGCUUAUCGGGUGUUUAUUUACGCUUUUAUCGGUGGUUUUAGUGGAUCGGGUCGGGAGGCGGCCCCUAUUCCACGUAGGCGGCGUGCAAAUGUUUGUAUCACUGAUAAUGAUUGGGGCGAUGAUGGCGACUAAGCUCGGCGACCACGGCGCGAUGGGGAAAGGGUAUGCGAUGUCGAUACUUGUCCUAAUAUGCAUCUACAUAUUAGGUUUCGGGUUGUCGUGGGGCCCGCUAGGGUGGGUGGUGACGAGCGAGAUAUUCCCGAUGGAAAUCCGGUCGGCCGCGCAAAGUAUCGUGGUGGCGGUGAAUUUGUCAAUGACGUUCAUCAUCGCGCAAGGUUUUCUCGCAAUGCUAUGCCAUAUGAAGUCGGGGAUUUUCUUCUUUUUCGGGGUGUGGGUGCUCGUGAUGUCGGCGUUCGUUUAUUACAUGCUCCCGGAGACGAAGGGGAUUCCGAUCGAAAAGAUGGAUCAAAUUUGGAGGGAACAUUUCUUUUGGAAAAGGGUUGUUGGUGAUGCCUAUGAGGAUGUUAAGAUUGACACAACCUAAAGGUUUGGUUGAUUUUGAUUGAGUUUUAAGGUAUUAUUGUGUGAUGUUCCCUUUUUCUAAUGAUUGUCGGAACUUAUAAUUACCGAUCUUCGAUUGCGCGCUGAGUAAAUUCUGAAGUAAUUAGUAGUUUAGAAACUACUCGAAAGUAGAUUGUAAUUGUGAUAUUUUUUUUACUUUUUGAGUAUGUGCCGAGUAAAUUUCCAACUGAAUCUAGUAAUUUAUAAAUUAUAUCCGUUAAAAAGACAAAUCAUACUGAGCGAGUAGAAAUAGACUUAGGACAUGUACAAACUUGGGGACAUUUUUAUUGUUGUGGUCUUUGUCUUGUCUUGUGGAAAUAUGCCCCUAUUAUGUGUCGAAACGUGUGUGUGUUAAGCCUAUAGAAAAUGAAUUUUGUGUUGUGUGCA